AUGCCUAUCACAGGUGUCUACUUCAUCCCUUCAAACCCAAACGCCUCAACAGCCCUGCAAUUAGUAACAGAGCGCCUUCGCGCCGCCUUCCCAAAUGAAGAACUAACUCCAAUCGGCCGCUGGGGUCUGGAGCAAAAGCUGCUCCGUGACACCCCAGGCCUACUCCCCGCGUCCUCAAACUCAAACAAGAAACCCCCAAAUCCACGCUACAUGCAAUUCCUCUCAUUAACCCACUACCCAACCCACGGUUUCAUCUACACCUCAGAGGCCGAGAAACCAGCCCCAGCACCAAAUCAAAACCAAAAUUCAGCAGCCGCGCCUGCUCCCAUAGAUGGCAUCGCGCCGGACCAUUCCCCUUCCCCAUCAAUGGUCAUGACAACUGUUCCCCCCGCGUCAUACGGAACCCUCUUCCAGCACUUUACCUACGCCUGUCAACCCUUCUGGGCCCACCGGCUUACUCUAGCUGUCCCGAACGGGAUCGUCUACGAGGUUGGUGACUUCCGUGUGCGUCUUGGUGACGUGCGGCAGACGUUCCCGACAGCGCGGGUGCGUGGUACGGUCAUUGAGGUCGAAUGGCGCGGUCCAUCGGUUGUGGAGGCGAUUCCUGUGGGCCGGGGAAAUGGGUCAUUCGGUGCUGCUGGAGGUGACGGUGAUGUGGAUGUUGAAGCUACGAGCAUCGACCUCGCUAGAUCUGCGAUCGAGGAGUCGGAUAUCGAUGCGGAGUAUGCGGCGACCGCGUCGCUGAUUCGAGAGUUUUGGGGGAGAUUGGGCGUUGAAGCUCGGGAGGCAAUUCUUAUACCGAAUGUUGGGAUGGAAGUUAAGGACCGACUGAGGAGGUGGAAGAAGGCUGAGUCCGGGGCUGAUGCUAGGGUUGAUACUAAUGGCGAUGGGGUUGGCUCUGUGGUUGGUGAGCGUGCUGAGGAGGAUCCUGAUCCGUGGUCUGGAGCGGAUGUUGCGAGGCAAUUUAUGGAGGUUUUGAGGUUUAAUCGAUAG